CUACUUUUCUAGUAGCUAGCGCGCACCGCGCGGGUGGUGUAGGUCUACCAACAGAAGAUCUUCCAUGGUGUGAAAACUGCUACCAGUACAUUCUAGAACAUAUUUCUGUUUCGAUUGGACUACAGUGCUCAGACUGGUUGUUGGGUUAGCUAGCACAGGCAGAGAUAAGUAAUCAGUUAGCUAGCACGGGCGACAAACUCGAAAGACUAACCGGAUCGCUCCUGCAUCUCACAGAGUUAGCGACUCAGCAGAAUGGGAUCAGACGCUUGCGAUGUCAGGGACUCCGUACAGCAGAGUUUGGAAGCGCUGGAGAAAGCUGGUAGCACGGUACCGCAGCUCGCUAGGACCUGGAUAGAAGCCCAGCUGCUGCACUUGUCUUCGAGCUCUACCGAGAACCUGGCAAAUAAUGGACAGCGACAGGAUCCGGUGGCAUCCACAACCGAUGUUCUUGUUUCUCUACUUCAAUCAACAAGCACAUGCAUAAUUGUGCUAUUGGAGCAAGCACUCAAAACAGAUAAUGUGGUAAGGGACCUAAAAGACAAUGUGCUGCAAUUGCAGGGAGAUUUGGAUAUGGCCAACUGCAAAUCUUCGAAGGCAGUAGAAGCACGUUGUGCAAUGGAGACCGAGAUGGCAAAACUAACCACUGUCAUUCAGGAAAAGGAAGAUCAGCUGUGUAUGUCUACUCAGGUAAACAUGGAACUAGAGACUCAGUUACAUCAAUUUUUACAGCAAGGAGAUGAGAAUAUUGGUGUGCACCUACCUGACUUUGAUUCAAAUGGCACCGUCCAGACACAAAGUCUUCAUGAGCCCAGAUCAACAUCUCGGAGAACCUCAACAGUGCAAGACCCGGUCAUGACUUCUACUGAACAAUCAAAUGAAGCCGUAAAGAAGCAGCUAGCCGACUCCAAAACCAUGAUCCAAGUGCCACACGAUGAGCUUCCCGCAAUUAUAUCAACAUUGGAGGGGGAGCUAGUUGAUUCAAAGGAUAUGAACACUGAUCUAAAUGUACAAUUGUCUGCAUUGAAGGCCUCGAAUAAGGAGCUUGUGAUGAAACUGGAGAUGCAGGCCAAGGAGCUGCGGCAAUCAGCUGCUGAGCUUGAACAUCGACUGCAAGAGAAGUGUAGAGAGCAGGUGCAAGAAAUUGAGCAUCUCUUAGCCGAGAAAGAGGACACUGUACGGGCCUGUGAGCAGUAUCAACAAGCUAUCGCUCUUCAUAAGGAACGAGAAGAAGAUGUGCGAGACAAAUUGUUUGCAGCUCGCCAAGAGUCGCAGCAGAUCCAGAAGCGAUAUCGUGCUUUGCUGGAGGUAAGCAGCAAAUUAAUGCAAGAAGUAAGGAAACAGAAAGAGCCAACGUCUAUCCUGGAAGUUGAUCAGGCACCGCACCAGUAUACUUCAGUACCUGAACCAGUUCUGACAGAGGCCAAGGGUACACAGACACGCCCUCCAACGAAGGAGGAGUCUCUUUCAGUGACGAAGAUUCUUUUUGGUGUUGAAAAGUUAUGUGCGGACAUGGACGAGACGACAGCACAGCUGAAGCAGAGCAAUUCCAACCUCAGCACACCAUACCCCGCUACAAGACAGCUGAACAGGCGUAAAUCAGGAAGCCAGCAACACUUGCACGUACAACAACGUGACGAAAGCACUCCACUGGUUCAGUCGCUCAGCGCUAGCGAUUAUUUGUCUCGUGGUUAUCCGUCCAGGGCGGUGGCUGAAUACGGUAUUCGUUUGAUUGAUGAAUCACUGUCCGGCCUGGCUCACAACCCACCACAUAUGUACCAGGCACCGGCAGUGAAGCGAGUGUUUCCGAAUUCUGGAAUCAUGGACUCUGGUGUAGGUAAUUCAUAUCAUUCUCAAUUUGUCAGGCCAGCAAGUGACUUGGCGUCCCUUAGCCUUGAUCAGUCACCGCGUAGUGCAUUGGCUAAAACACAUGAUAAAGAUCAAGUCGACUUUCAUACUGACCAGUCCGAGCCCCAUUCUCAGAGAUUGCAACACAAACAGUCACACCAUAGCCAUGGGUAUGCCAUUGAUCAGUUCAGCCGGAAUCAGCCUUCACAGUUGUCACAGCAGCAGCAGCGCCACCACCAGGACGUACCAGUCACUUCUCGGAGACCGUCAUCUUUUGACACUGCCCAUUCCAAGCAUCAUCGUGACGAGGAUCUAGCUGAUGCACCAAUUCGCUACCCACCGGGGAUAAAAUUGGCUCAUGCGAGAAGUCACUGAGAACACAUGCGGUAUUGAGUGGCCUUCUUUCCUUAUUUUAUCCACAGCUUUGUAUUGUGCUUCUGUUUGUCCAAUAGAAUAUGCACGGCGGCAUAAUGAUGUGCUGUUGAGGUUUCUCAACCGCAAGUCAGUAUCAUGUCGCAGUCUCUACGUAUGUGCACGGCCUUGGCAGCAACGUUUCUAUGUGUAUGCAGUGUGACAGUGUGACUGCAUUAGCCUUGUCCACUUGUCUUUGCAAUCAACACUCCCUACUAAAGCAGUGCUGCCAGUUCCGACACUGCCUUGAAUUACCACUACAUACUGUACUUUCAUUUCCCCAUUUACCAGUACAUGUAUUCACUAUUCAUUUGAGUGCUGCCUAUUAUAAGUAUGAGAUCAUCCGGUAUUAUUUCUUCAGAAUAAUCAGAAUAUCAGAAUAUAUUUUCAGAUGGAUUAGUCUUAGAGACUUCCCAAUGAUCGAAUGCGGUAUCCCCUUCUCGCGACUGACUCUUUUCAGUACAUUUGUACAUUUCACUGCUGCCCCUGUACUGUACCAUGGCAAUGAUGAUUGAGCCACAUCAUAUUUGGCCGGGAUGAAA